AUGAUCGCCCAACAGAUCAUCACCAUUGUUGUCCUUGCCGCCGGCGCUUCUGCCGCGGUUGUGGAAGCCCGCGCCCGGACUUGCACUUUGGCCCUUCACACGCUCAACACUCAGAUGAGAAUAACGCACGGAAACCCUGUUGGAGGUGGCGAUGCGACUUACACGUGCGCCGCCGACCUUGACUACGGCGAUAGACGCAAGCAAACCCUUUCGACCAACUGCCAUGAUAUUACACGCAACGGUUGCUACAACUCGCAGCUUCCCAAUCGCAUCUGCAUCCACACAAACUCGAACCUUAGUGACGGCUACCUCGACUACGGCAAGGAGCACCGCGAUUUCAACGAGAAGGGCUGCGAGCACACUGGCUGGGCGACCUCGGCUGGUCACAAGUUUGGCAUUACUUGCCACUUCCCCUGCACUUGA